AUGAUGGGUAUGAAGCCUGUCGACAAGUUCCCAUAUCGGUCAUCAAUUGUGUGGUUGAUGGGAUCGGGGGCGACGCAUGGACUCCAGAGGCAGAUGGCUAUGCCAAGAGCAUACAAAAGUGUCCUGGAACUAGUUGACUUCAUUUACGAAAGGGAGAAUGAAGACAAGACAAAGGGAAAUACUUGCAUGUCCCUGGGAACGUACAAGGUAGUCGUCCAGGUCCCAAAUACAACAGUUCAAACUGAGCUCUUCAAGGGCUCAAAGUCAUGUCAGUUGUCUGACAAACGAUUUUUGGACGAUGGUGGUGCCAAGCAAGAAAUAUCCUUGACAUGA